AUGCUGAACCCUGUCAGCAGGCAUAGGGGCAGACUGAACCCCGUCAGCAGGCAUAGGGGUAGACUGAACCCCUUCAGCAGACAUAGGGGCAGGCUGAACCCCGUCAGCAGGUAUAGGGGUAGGCUGAACCCUGUCACCAGGCAUAGGGGCAGGCUGAACCCUGUCAGCAGGCAUAGGGGCAGGCUGAACCCCAUCAGCAGGCAACAUGGAGGAGGAAUGGCCCCACCAGCAGGCAACAUGGAAGAAUGGACCCCAUCAGCAGGUAACAUGAAGGAGGAAUAA